AUGACGGAUACAUUCGAUGUGGUAAUGGUUGGGGCAGGCAUGGCCGGAAUCAUGGCAGCCCGCGACCUCAGCAAAGAGGGAUAUUCGGUCAUCCUUCUUGAGGCUCGAGACAGAGUCGGCGGGCGAACUUACACCAAAAGGGCCUUUGGUCGGGAGGUGAAGCUCGGAGGGGCAUACGUGCAUUGGUCACACACAAACAGUGACCACGACGUCGCUGUGGAGCCUGUCAUCACCCGUCUCGUUGACGACGUUUGCCGUCGCUUCCCGACACCUUUUGAGCCUGGUGCGGUGGACAACAGCGAAAUAGAAAAAGAGACCCUUGAGGACCGCAUCAACUCUUUCAAUAUCCCCACAUACGAGCGCGAAGUCCUCGAUGGAAUUUUCUACAAAGCCUUCUUCGAAACAGGUAGCUACUGGGCUAUUGAUGGCGGUACAAAACGUCUGAUCAAUGCCAUUAUGGCGGAGUCGUCCGUUGAGCUGCGUAUCUCGACACCUGUCAGCUCUAUCACUGACAACGGAUCACAAGUCACUGUUACGACGCGUACCGGCCACAAGAUUCAUUCGCGCUCGGUCAUCGUUGCACUCAAUACCAUUGGAGACAUUAAGAUCACACCAGAUAUUCCUCCGCGCGUGCGGCAGAUGAUUGACCAAAAGAACCCAGUCAUGGGUGGGAAGAUAUGGGCGCGGGUCAAAGGUGAAAUUCAGCCCUUUUCUGGCUUCGCCUCAGUCAGCAAAAGCCCUAUCAACGUAGCCAGAGUUGAAAGUCGCUACAAUGGAGAUACCCUAAUUUUAUGCAUGUGCUCCGAUGUGAGAACAAUUUGUGCCGAUGACCGCGAGGCAGUGCAAGCCGCUUUGCGAGAGUUUGUCCCUGACAUCCAAGUGAUCGAUACGGCUAGCCACAACUGGGUCACCGACGAGUUCUCUAAAGGCGCCUGGAUGAUGCACCGGCCUGGACAUUUGACGCAAGGCGCACUCCAGAUGCGCCAGCCUCAUGGUCGUGUUCACUUUGCCGGUGGAGACAUUGCUCUACCUGUGGUCACUUCAAUCGACGGCGCUAUGGGGACCGGUGCAGCUGCAGCGCGCGAUGUUGCCUCUGGGUUGGCCAGUGGUAAGUAUUAA